CAGCAACAUGCUGUGGCCUGAACGGGUACUGUUCAGUCACCUUUCUUUUCAGGAAAGCUUGGGAUGCUGUUUAUUGCUUGGGUUUAUUCUCAUAUCUAGCCUUUACGCGUGGAGAACUGGAUUACCGAGAUUUGUACUAAUUGGAGGAAUUGAAUUGUGUUGAUGUUCUGACAUCUGGAAUUUAUUAUGAGAAAUCAUCCAAGAACGGUGAAAAGACGAAUAGUGAGUGUGAUGGUUGUGUGUGGUGUUUCUCCGCUUAUUUUAUUAUUCUUCAGUUCUUCAUCAGAUGGGCACAGGGCUUAUCCUCUUUCUACCUGGCUUGGAUUGAGGUCAGACCAUCUUCUUCAAGCAGCUGUCUAUCCUCUCAUAUUGACAAUGGUUUUGUUUGCUGGACCAAUGGUUAUGAUGAUGAUGGAAUGUAGUGCAUCAGAAACAGAAGAAGAACCACAAGCAUUUCAAAUUUUGGCAUUGCGAAACUACAUUGUUGCUCCAUUUGCCGAGGAGUUUACCUUUCGUGCUUGUAUGCUGCCAGUGCUAUGGCCACAUUGUCAGCUAUUAGGAUCAGUGAUUGUGUGUCCAUUCUUCUUUGGAGUCGCUCAUAUCCACCAUGUGAUUGAAAGACUCUCAAAUAAUAAUGGAAGUCCUGUCGUCCACAUUUGUUUAGAAUCUUUAUUUCAAUUUUGCUAUACGAGUGUCUUUGGAGCAUACAGUUGUUAUCUCUUUUUGAGAACAGGUCAUUUAAUUGGUCCAGUGGUUUGCCACAUGUUCUGCAAUUUCAUGGGAUUCCCAGACUUUGCUGGUAUAAUGCAGUUUUCUAUAUGGAAAGCUGCCACGUUAGCUUGUGUAUUUGUGGUAGGACUGGUAGCAUUUGCUUUUUUGCUCCAACCUGUCACAGAUCCAUUGCUAUUUGGAAAUACUGUGUAUACUGAUGUCAGCUGAAUUCAGUAAUGAAAUCAGAUUGGGAGAAAUUAGCAGUUGCAAUGAUAUUGCUUUUUUUGUCUGCUUGUGUGCUCGUAGUUUGACAUCAGACGUCAGUGUAUAAGGUACAGACCUGCCAGUGUUCAGGCAUUUCACGUAUUUAAUUAAAGGGUUAGAAAUCAUUAAUUUAAAAAUAAAUAGAAGGUAUAUAAAGCUGCAGCUACUAUCUCUAUCUUAUACUGGUCAGAAGCCACUGCAACAGAGUUGCAUGGGUUCAUUUUGGGAAAAGGGUUUAUUUCUGUAUUGAUCAGUACAGUACUAGCACUAGUACUGUACCUGAUAGAUAUACAGCACGUUCAUGCUUAUAUGUCCUGUUAGUAUGACUGAUGAUUGCCAUCCUGUCUUGGUUGCAGGAAUAGUUUUGAGUUUGUAAGUAUGUAUAAAAUUGAUUUCAAGUGAAUUGAAUACAACAAAUGGAU